UAUUCAAAUUACUCACAAACACUCAGAUUCCUUACCACUACCACCACCACUUCAAACCCAUUCAUCGUAUCCUACCUCAUUGACAAAUUCGGUUUCUCACAUGGAUUUGCACUCAAAGCUUCCAAAGAGCUUUAUUUCAAAACCUCACAAAAACCUGAUUCAGUUCUCUACUUCUUCAAAAAUCACAGUUUCACCGACUCAGACUUACGCAGUAUCAUCAAAAGGGUACCAUGGAUUCUUUCCUGCAAUACCCACAAAACGAUUCUCCCAAAGUUUCAAUUUUUACUCUCCAAAGGCGCUUCUACUUCUGACAUUGUCCACAUGGUUAGAGGUAACCCUAGGUUCUUGGAAUUAAGCUUGAAGAAUCAUCAAAUUAAGUUUGAAUUUUUUCUAUCCAAAGGUGCUUCUUCAUCUCAUAUUGUUUCAUUGUUAACUACAUACCCUCAAAUUUUACAAACUAGCUUUGAGAAUCGAAUAAUCCCUCUUUUUAAAUUGCUAACAAGGUUCUUUAAAACUAACAAGGAUACUAUUGUUUGCUUAAUUCAACAUUCGAAAUGGGUUACUAGUCAUCCCCAUCACCUUAUUGUGGCUAGUAUCAAUCUGAUUUCUGAUUUUGGAGUUUCUGAUUCUGUCAUUGCUAGAUUGCUUCAAAAUAAGCCAUCUAUAUUUGGUUCAAAGGAUUUGAUUAAGUCAUUGGAGGAAGUUAAGAGUUUAGGGUUUGAUCCUUCAACAGCUUCUUUUGGGGUUGCUUUGGUAGCCAAGAAAGGUAUGAGUAAAAAACUUUGGGAUGAGAAAGUUGACACCUUUAAGAAAUGGGGUUGGUCUGAUGAAAAUAUUGUUGAAGCAUUUAGGAGUCAACCUAAUUUAAUGUUGGUUUCAAUUGAUAAGAUUAAUUUGGUGAUGAGUUUUUGGGUCAAUCAAUUGGAUUGGAAUUCAUUGGAACUUGCUAAAUUUCCAAAUAUGUUUUGUUAUAGUUUACAUAAAAGGAUCAUUCCAAGAGCCUCAGUUUGGCAAUUUCUUUUGAUAAAAGGUUUGCGACAAAAGAAUGCAAGCUUAGUUACACCAUUUACAUGUUCUGAGAAUUCGUUCUUGAACAAGUUUGUUUUCAGCUUUAAGGAGGAGUCUGAUUAUCUCUUAAAGCUGCAUGAGGAAAAAAUGAAAUUUGCAAAUACAAAGAACAUUGGCAUGCCAUCCACCAAAUGUGAACAAAUAUGGUGAAAGAUUGAGUCUUGGAGCAAAAGAAAGGUUUUUGGAGCAUGGUUAAGGAAUGGAAGGAUCUGGAGCA